AACAAUGUAUCGAUUUAACUAUCACCAAAACCGCACAACCCAAUAGUUGAAAUUAAAGCCCAUAACAAUGAUGGCACAAACAAUAUCUUGAGCCCAGUGGAGGAGGUAUCCCGUCUGUACUAGGCCGAACCCAAUAGGAAAGGGCGAAAGGCAGAGGCCCAUUCACUCAUUCUCCAAACAGCAACAGCCUGCAAAAGGAGGUUCGGUAGUAAGUCUGCAACGACGUGGGAAGGAAUAAUCGGAUUCUGUCCGGCUAAACUUUUGGAAUUUGGUCCGCCCGAGAGAGCAUCCGGACCCAAUCUUCGAAUGAACCCGAACGCUUAAGCUAGCGACGCCACAACUCGACGAAUUGACGAGCACAACGAAACGAACUAAUUUCCGGAUCGCCGCCGGAUAUAUUCGAAAUCCAACACGCCGCCCGGAAAAAUCCACAUGCCCGAGCAGCAGAAGGAAGCUAACAAAAUUUCAUCGUCUCAGUCGAACUGCACGCCGGAGGAAUUUGAAUUCGUGCUUGCCGGAGCAGCAGAAGGGAGGAAGGGAACAGCUUCUUUUAUCGUAGCUCUUCAUCUGACUCGACAUGUUUUCUAAAUUCUUCAAUAAGAACGUCGACGCAGCGGAGCAAACUCCGCCGUCUACCCAGGAAAAUGCAUCAAAAGGAAGUUUGACGUUCAAAGACAUAAAUCCUCGUGUUAAUCUUCACUAUGGAAUUCCUUCUACCGCGUCUGUUAUGGCUUUUGAUCCAAUUCAAAGUCUUUUGGCAGUGGGAACAUUGGAUGGGAGAAUAAAAGUGAUUGGUGGUGAUAACAUUGAGGGGCUUAUGGUGUCUCAAAAGCAUUUCCCCUUUAAGUACUUGGAGUUCCUACAAAACCAAGGUUUCUUAGUCAGUGUCUCGAGUGAAAAUGAGAUUCAGGUUUGGGAUUUAGAACAAAGACGGAUAGUUUCUUCCUUGCGAUGGGAGUCCAGUAUUACCGCAUUCUCUGUGAUACAUGGAUCAAGCUAUAUGUAUGUUGGAGAUGAGUAUGGCAUGGUUUAUGUGGUAAAAUACAAUGCAGAAGAAUCCUCUCUAGUGCCUCUCCCAUAUUAUGUUCCAACAAGUGCAAUAGAUGAACCAUCUGGAGGAUCAUCAUCGAACCAACACUCUAUUGUAGGAGUUCUUCCCCAGCCAUCUUCUCAAGGAAAUAGAGUGUUAAUUGCUUAUGAUAAUGGAUUACUCAUUCUAUGGGACGUGUCUGAGGAUAAAGUUAUUGUGGUUAAAGGGAAUAAAGAUCUUCAGUUGACGAGCAAAAUAGCUGUCAAUUCUCAAGAAGAGUUAAGACAGGAGGAGCCUUCAGACGAUGAGCAAUUGGAGAAAGAGAUAAGUGCUCUGUGUUGGACAUCUGGCAGUGGGACAGUUCUUGCUGUGGGUUAUGUUGAUGGAGACAUAAUGUUGUGGAACCUAUCAACAAGUGUUCCCUCUAAUGGAAAUGAUGUUGUUAAGCUACAAUUAUCAUCAAAUGCCAGUAGACUACCAGUCAUUGUUUUGCAUUGGCGUCCAAAAAGACCACGUGAUGACUGUUCUGGCCAACUCUUUGUCUAUGGUGGUGAUGCAAUUGGAUCUGAGGAAGUUCUAACGAUUUUAAAUCUAGACUGGUCUGCUGGAAUUGGCAAACUAAAAUGCAUUGGGCGUACAGACAUUACUCUCAAUGGCUCUUUUGCUGACAUGGUUCUGUUCACAAGAGGUGUUUCAGUGGAUACAACUGGGAUAUUAGUGUUGACAAAUCCAGGACAACUGCAUUUUUAUGACAGUGCUUGCUUGUCUAGCUUGACAUCAAAGGAAAAGAAAAAAGUUACUGUGUCUCCAAUUGAAUAUCCCAUCGCCAUACCUACUGUUGACCCAAACAUGACUGCAGCAACGCUUGGUUUGAUACGUGUAGAAGUGAAUCUUUUGAGGGCUUUAUCUGAGAAAAUCGCUGCUGUAAAAUUGAGAAGGGUUGAGGUUUCUGGAAAUACAGAUUGGCCAUUGACUGGUGGUAUUCCUAGCCAAAUUAUGGAAGCUGAAAUUUAUCAAGUUGAAAGAGUUUAUAUAGCAGGAUAUCAGGAUGGAUCUGUCAGAAUAUUUGAUGCAACAAGUCCAACCAUUUCAUUAUAUUGUGUCUUAGGACCAGAGGUCAAAGGUACAAGUAUUGAUGCAGCAAGUGCACCAAUAUCUGCACUGGAGUUUUGCUCCGCCAAGUUAACUUUGGCUAUUGGCAAUGAACUUGGUACGGUGCUUUUAUACGAUUUAACUUGGACUACAGAUGCAAUGCAGCUAAACUGCGUUACAGAAAAUGGAAAAGAAGUUUACACUGUACAAGGAGGGGAUGAGCCUCACUGCACAGCCGUGUUUACCUUCCAUACUUCACCUAUAAGCACUCUUCAAUUUCUGCAUUCUGGAUCCAGACUUGGUGUUGGAUUUCACUCUGGAAGGGUGGCAUUGCUUGAUAUUAACACAUACUCAAUAUUGUUUCUCACUGAUAGUAUGUCCAACUCCUGUUCUCCAAUUAAAUCGCUGGAUAUGAGGCCAUCUACUGAAACUAUUAGUGUGAUUAAGGAUCUAGGGCAGAGUGAAUCCAAAUGUAUGGAUAACAGUGCCGAUCAGGAAGUUUUUGUUGUAACCAAGGAUGGGCAGUUUGUACUUCUUGAUGGAAACACGGGAAAAAUCAUCAUUUCUCAGUCGCUUAAAGCCGAAGACGAAUCCAUUGUUGUUUCUAUGCACAUCAUAGAUAGUAGCAAGACGACAUGCGAAAGUGGAACCACCCAUGGCAGUGAUAAUCCACUCAACACAGAUGAAGAAGCUACUUCAGGAGCCUCCGGUUGUGGGAAGACAGCUGAAAGUUUCUGUCUUGUGCUUUGUUGCGAAAAUGCAUUGCACCUAUACUCUGGAGGUACAACCCCUGUUGAGACGAUGAAUCUUUCGAAGCCAUGCUGUUAUGCUACAACUUUCAAGAAGGAUGACAAAGAUGCUGGACUCAUUGUGAUUUAUCAGACUGGGGAAAUUGACGUGAGGUCUUUGCCAGACUUUAGAUUGGUGGGUGAAAGCAAUUUAAUGAUGAUUAUAAGGUGGAACUUCAAGACUAAUAUGGAUAAGAUGAUAUGUUCCUCAGAAAGUGGGCAGAUUAUGUUGGUAAAUGGGUGCGAAGUUGCUUCAGUCUCUCUUUUGGCAUUUGAAAACGACUUCAGGAUUCCGGAUUCGUUACCUGUUCUUCACGACAAAGUGCUAGAAGCUGCUAUUGAUGCUGCUGCCGACAAUUUGUCUCCCAGUGAGAAGGAUAAACAGGGUUCCCUACCUGGAAUUUUAGGUGGCAUUCUCAAGGGUUUACAAGGAGGUAAGGUGGAGGAGCAGAAAGUGGGGUUUCCUAAGGUUGGGAAGAGUAACUUGACACAUCUAGACACCAUAUUUUCCAAUCCCCCAUACUUGAAGCCUUCUUCUUUGAACUUUGACGAUGACCGAAACGAUGGUGUGGAACUUAGCAUAGAUGAUAUCGACCUCGAUUUUGACCAGCACGUGGUAGUGGAAGCAUCUUCCACCGAGGAGAGCAACAACGAGAAGAAAGACAAGGGAAAGGAAAGAGAGAAGUUAUUUGAAGGUGCAACGACUGAUUCAAAGCCCAAAAUGAGAACAGUUGAAGAAAUCAAGGCCAAAUACGGAAAGGAGGACGCUGCUGGAGCAGCUGCACUCGCAAGGAACAAGCUUGCCGAGCGUGGUGAAAAACUUGAGAGGCUGAGCCUGCGAACAGAGGAGCUGCAGAAUGGUGCUGAAGAUUUCGCAUCAAUGGCUCAGGAACUCGCUAAGCGAAUGGAGAAGCGUAAUAAAUGGUGGCAGUUAUAAUCAUAUCAGAUCCCGUACCCAAAACAGACAUUAUAGUCGUUAACGAGCUUGCUUGGCUUUCAAGGUACAGAAGAAAAGAAGCCAUUGUUGACCCUUCGUUUGGGUGGAUACCCCAGUUACCACACUGUACCCAAUCUCCAACCCCUACAUUUUGACGUGUGCAUAAGAUAUCUGCAUAUUUAACUACAGCUACCGCCUAAGCUUGUAUAUUGUGAUUUGUGAAUACAAAGAACACCUGAGUUUACAUGAACACAAUGUUUGACUGUCUAAACUAACAACAUACACUGCCCACACCAGCCAUAGGAGGAGGUGGAUAGAAUGAUGAAAGUGUGCUCUCUGCGCAAAAAGAAGAGUGAAUCCUAUUCACUAGCUCGAGCCUUCCUGUUAGAAGCCUUGCAUGACGCAGAAGUGUUUUCUUCUUAUGGUUCUCACCUAUGAUUGUGUCUUCUUCUUCUCACCUGUGAUUGCCGUCUUAUUUCUUCAACUUCUCGUCUUCUCAGAAAUCAUUGAAUCAACAUCAGUUUGGCUAAAAAGAAGGCGUUCCAUCAAUGAAUGUGCCCAUAAAUG